AUGGCACUGAAUAUCAAUACCGCGACAUACAAUGAACUUAUCACCAUUCAUGACGAAGCAACCGAUUGUUCGACAAAGGAGCAGAUCGCGUUGUGUGUCCGCUACUUCAACCGUCAGCAGGGAGAGGUGUGUGAAGAGUUCCUUGGUUACAGAGAGGCGUCAAUUACAACCGGACAAGCACUAGCAGAAACAUUUUUAGAAGCAUUGGGCGAAUAUGGUAUCAAUAUCAACCAAAUGCGAGGUCAAGGGUAUGACGGUGCCACCAAUAUGGCAGGGGUCCAUCGUGGUGUGCAGGCACGGAUUCGAGAACGCGUUCCGUUGGCUCUAUACACACAUUGCAUAGCACAUUCAUUAAAUUUGUCCAUUGUACAUUCAUGCAAAGAGACCAUUGUCAGGAACAUGAUGGACACUGUUCAGACUGUUGCUUUUGCCUUUGACUAUUCAGCAAAGCGUCUCAUGAACUUCGAAGAAUGCCUGGUAAAUGAUGAUUAA